UCUGCUAAGAGGUCGUUUGUACAUAUUACACUACAAUGGAAAGUUAUAUCACUUAGUACGCAUCGACAUUAGCAUAUCCAUUUAAAUGCGUGUAAAGGUGGAUUGUUGACCCGUAGUCGUUUUCAGGAGGCACGCUGCCCACUUGUUUGUUAGCUCUUCCUAAUUGUACGUAAUCCCCAUUUUGAUAUUUGUUAUCAAAAGAUGUUUUAAUUUGCGUUGAUUAUGAAUGACUACAACAAAGGUCAGGCCACAAUCUUAUCGUUUGCUCUUUAAAUAUAUGCGCUGUUGUACAAGUUAAGCCAGUUAACUUAGAGCGACCGAGGAAUAAAGAUAACUGUUAAGUGAAGUGCUUGAACGUUUUGUGAGAUCAAAGUGGAAUCAUAGUGAACACUUAAGAUGCCUAUUCGACGCAGUAAGAUAUUAGUAAAAUGGAUCUACGAGAACCAACACAAGAUGCAAACGCUCCGCCGUUGCAGUUCAACUCUACGGUACAAGGAGCUUGAAGAGAAUGUUCAGGCAUUGGAACACUUGGCUCCUCCCGCGGCGGAGGCGGCUCUACCCACCCACCAACCACGCCCCGAUAUCACACCUGAUGUAUCUUUCAAGUAUGACGACCUGAAGGUUGCGUUGGCGGCGCCUUAUCAAUUGCAAAGGAAACCAGAGGCUGUAGAUUUAGGCUUCGGGAAAUAUUUUACGGAUCACAUGCUAAAGAUACACUAUCAUAGAGAAUUGGGUGGGUGGCAGAAACCCGAAAUCACGCCGUUUGAAAACUUGACUAUACACCCGGCGGCGAAAGCGUUGCAUUAUGCUGUACAACUGUUCGAAGGAUUAAAGGCGUACCGGGGGGUGGAUGAUAAGAUAAGAUUAUUUCGACCGGAUUUAAACAUGCACAGAAUGAAUUUGGCAGCCAAAAGAUCUGGUCUACCGAUGUUUGAUGGAGAUGAAUUAAUUAAAUGUAUUGUACGGCUAGUCCAAAUCGAUCAGGAGUGGGUGCCGCAUUCUGAGACCUCUACCCUGUAUAUUCGACCCACCUUAAUUGGAAUUGAGCCUACAUUCGGCAUAGUGGCUCCAGAGUCAGCCAUGUUGUUCGCGAUAUUGAGUCCAGUCAGUGCGUACUAUAAGACGAAUUCAGAUGGAGCUGUAUCGAUUUAUGCCGAUCCGAGUGUUGUGCGGGCAUUCCCAGGUGGUGUAGGCAACAGGAAAGUGGGAUCUAACUAUGGACCGACGAUAGAGAUAACGUCACAAGCUGCGAAAUUGGGUCAUCAGCAAGUGUUGUGGUUGUUUGGUCCCAACCAGGAACUGACUGAAGUCGGAGCCAUGAACAUCUUCCUUGUUUAUAUCAAUGAGGAAGGAGAAAAACAGCUAAGCACCCCACCCCUAAACGGUUUAAUUUUGCCUGGAGUAACGAGGCGGUCUAUAUUGGAACUGGCCAGCCAAUGGGAAGAUAUUACAGUCAAAGAGGAAGUCAUCACCAUGGACCGCGUCAUACAACUCAACAAACAAGGCCGGUUAGUAGAGAUGUUCGGUGCAGGCACAGCUGUCGUCAUCACACCGAUAAGUAACAUUGGCUACAUGGAGACGAACAUAAACGUACCGACUAUGGAGCAGGAGCAUCCUGUGUACCAACGACUCAAGGACACCCUACUGGCGAUCCAGUAUGGGCACAUAGAGCACCCCUACGCCAAAAUUAUCACGUAAUCUUUACAAUAAGUGAAAUAGAGACCUAAAAUUGGUGGCCUUUAGUGAUAGUGCUCGGUCAUGCAAGAUAGCAGGUGCUAAUAGUGAUUUUCGUUGAUUUUAUAGCAAGUAUGAUAAUUAUCAAAUUGUAAAUAUUUUGACUCUGUGAUGUGUGGGAAGUACGUGUUAGAUUUUAGUUAAUUGCGCAAUGUUUUUUCGCAAGAAACAACUAAUGAAGAAAUUAGUUUUAUUUUAUCUACACUGACUUACGUAAUCUUUCUUUUGUAAAUUGUAUUUACGUAAUCAGACAGGUUUAAGUUAAAAUAAUAAGUUAUUAUACGAUUUACCGGCCAGUAACUAAGUUUAAUUUAUUUAUUGUAGUAAAAGAAACUAAAAAUAUUUUGGAUUUGUACCUUAAAACUUAUAUAUAACUAACUAUAUUGGAGACUGGAUCUUAUGCGGUUAUGUAUAUCUGUUAAGAGUCUAGUUCGCUCGCAAUGAAAACGAAUGGAUAUAUAUAUUAUUAUAUGACAUUAUAAGUACUUAAGGUGUUUACAGAAUCUUAUGAAAACACAUUAAUUAUCAGUAAAUAGUCAAUGUCCGGGCUUGUUUUUACUGUUUAUGAAAAUGCAUAGAUUACGCUUUAUGA